AGCAAUAGUUUUAGCAGGCUGGGGAGAAGCAAGCGGAGCGGUAGUGGAGCGGCUGCGGCUUUCCCUUUGGCUCGUUCAGUAGCAGGCGCUCGCUGCUUGGAAGAGCCCCGCCAUGCCCCAGACAGUGGCUUUGAAUGGCCCUUCGCCUUGGGGCUUCCGGCUGGUCGGAGGCAAGGAUUUUAGCACCCCUUUGACUAUUUCGAGGAUAAAUCCUGGUAGUAAAGCUGCUCUUGCCAACCUUUGCCCAGGUGAUGUUAUUCUGUCAAUUAAUGGUGAGAGCACAGAAAGCAUGACACAUCUAGAAGCACAAAACAAGAUCAAAGCUUGUCUAGACCAGCUGACACUUUCUGUGAACAGGGCUGAAAACAAAGUUUGGUCUCCUAGUAUUUUAGAAGAUGGAAAAGCACAAGCUUACCGAGUCAAUGUAGAACCAGAACCACAGGAUAAUGGACCUAUCCCAAGCCGAAGACCAGCAACCUUUUCCCCUGGAGGAAGCCCAACAGACAACAAGCAGAUAUCAGACUUGCAGUGCAGUAAUCCUACUCGACUGUAUACAAACAACAACACAGAUUCCAGUUUGCCAUCGCAGAUGAGUGGUCUCUAUAUCACAGCUUCCCAAAGUGGUGACCCUCUGAGGUCCCUACCAAGAAACAGAAAUGGAAUUGAUGUGGACUCUGAUGUGUACAAAAUGCUUCAGGAUUAUGAAAGGCCAGUUUCAGAGCCUAAGCAGUCAGGAUCCUUCCGCUAUCUGCAGGGCAUAUUGGAAGCUGGAGAGAAUGGUGAAAAACAUGAAAGACUGGCCAGUCCAAGACAUGUUAAAUCUCCAGUGUCUAAACUGGGUGGAGCCAUGUCUGGCUUACAGAUGCUGCCUGAGUGCACCAGAUGUGGCAAUGGAAUUGUAGGCACAAUAGUAAAAGCCCGGGACAAGCUCUACCACCCAGAAUGUUUCAUGUGUGAUGACUGUGGCCUCAACCUAAAGCAGAGGGGCUACUUCUUCAUUGAAGAACAGCUGUAUUGUGAAACACAUGCCAAGGAAAGGGUUAAGCCGCCAGAAGGAUAUGAUGUGGUAGCUGUUUAUCCCAAUGCUAAAGUUGAACUGGUCUGAAUAAAUACUCUUGUUUCCCAGAGAGGUCAAAAGGUGGCUCACCCACCCACAGGCACAGUGUCUGUUUUAAAGUAUGGCUGUAAUCAACUCCGAUUACUGGAGUCUCUGUAAAGUGCCUUUUCAGAGAUAAAAUGGUUUACACUUGGAAUCUCAAAGGAUAGUGCUGAAAGCCUCUGAAAAGGGGUUUUUUCUUUUCUUUUUUUCCUUUUGACACUUUGCUUUUGGGUUGCUGUGUUCAUUUCUAAUUUUUUGCUGCAAAUGCUUUCCGUGGUAGCCCAAUCCAAAAUCUGUGUAAAUAUGGAUGCUUUUAAAAUCUUGAUUUCAUAUAAACCAGUAUGCCUUUAUUCUUUCUCAUGGUAAAAUAUAAAUACAAUUUAAAAACUCAAAAGAAAUGAGGCACUUUAAAAAUAAAAUUGACAUUUUAAAGCACUACAAUAAAUUUACUUUUUCUCUGUCAUACUGGUAUGCAAUUAAUAUUUCUAUGUGGCUUUCAAGGUACCAGAAAAUUGAGAUCAUCUGUAAUGAACGUUUAGCAAUAUAACUAUAGAGAGGGCUUUCUAUGAAAAACCUGUGGAUGAGAAGAUAAACUACUCCUAAUAGUCAUGAAAGACCUUUUUUAAAGUAGUUUUUACAAUGUGUUCCCUAGUUUGUUACAUAUCUGUACUGAACUUAGGAAAAGAAUGGCCUGAUUGUGAUUUCUAAACAUUACCAGAUGUUUAUGUUUUCCAUCUAAGAAUAAUUAUUAACAUUAACAUUGUCACUUUGGUGAGGCAGCAUUCCGACAGCAGCUAGAGAAAUCUACAGGCAUAUAUUCCCCCAAAACACCUUCUCUGCUGCCAUAAAGAAAUUGUUCUUUUAACUCUCAUGAAUAGACCCAUCUUGGCUGAUAGUAAUGGAUAGAUUGAAGAGGUUACAGAAUCUGAUGCUUAUCUCAAAGGCAUUUUCAGGUCCUGUAAUCAUGUAAUUUGUGUUAAAAUCUGUACAUUCCCUGUGGCACCAACGUGCAAGCUUGGUAUACAGCUGUGCUCUGAUUGUAUACCAUGCAACGAAGAAUCAGGUAUAACACAAAAUCUUUAUACUUUACAUAUUUAUGCAUUUCUCUUUCUCUGGGUUUAUGACCCAUUUUGCUAACAUUCUCAUCCAUCCACCUCAUUGCUGUUUUAUUUUAUUUUGAAUGAAGAGUUUUUCACUGCACACUAAUCACAUUCCUUAAAAAUCAUUCCAAAUUUAGUUUUCAAGUCUAUGUAUGGGGCAGGGGUCUCCAGGGUUUUGCCCAUGGACACCAUGAUGCUCACUAUCACUUUUCUUGUCUCCCACCUAGUGUUUUUAGAAAGUGUCUAAACUGGGCCAGGUGGGCAUCUUGGCCCUGAUUGGCCAUUGGAGAUCUGAUGGACUGUGCUGAUUAAAGUAGCAUUGUUUCAGUGGCAGCUGAUACCACAGUAUUUGUUUUAUUCUCUUUCAUUCCUCUUUCCCAGUGUACUUUUUGAAUUGCUUCUCUUCUCCACUGCACUUGGGCUUCCUCUGUGUUUAUAGCUCCAUCUCUGGUGACAGCCAUAUUGUAGCUGGUUGAGCUUCCUGCCACAGUCAUUUUGUGGUAGCACCCACCAUCUAAAAUUCCCAAAAUACCCAAAGGCUUAAAAAAAUUACCCAAAGGCUCAAAAACAUCUUUUCCAAACCAUCAUUUUAUAGCACUAGAAGUGUGCAUCUGUAGAUCAUUCAUCACACUUGAAUUUAUCAUUAUGAACAAGAAUUGUUUCCUGAAGAUGUAUUAAGAGGUUUCAUCACCUAAUUGUGGUGAUAGCAAAGACCAUUAUAGUUUGUGAAUAAAAGGAUAUUGCCAAGACUACAGGAGUAAGCACAUGAUCUUAAGUAUUUUUUUCAAAGUUAAAAUUAAUUUUUAAAACUAUUAACAACCAAAUGUGAGAUGCUUUCUUUGAGAAUGGAAAUACUCAAGAAUCUUAGUAUACUCAGAAAUAGUCCUGGGAAAGCUCUAAAUCAUACCAUUCACCAGCACCUCUGAAAUAGGGGCAGUACCUGUAAAGCAAUGAGCUAUAGGAAUAUUUAGGGAUAAAAGAGUAUACAACUCACUUCUUUUAACUGGCUGUCCUUGAAGAAUUCAUGGUACCACAUUAGGCUCCUCGGAUACAAACAGUCAUACAUGGAUCCUGUAAUCUACAAGUGAAGCUCCAUUCAUGGAAUGGACCUUCCCCAGCUCUGCCAAUCCUUCAUAACCCCUGCUCCCAAAACUUCUGGUGUUCAGAGAAUCCCCAAAGAACAGGGCUGGCCAUGAUAUGGAAGUCUGCAGUCAAAGGGGAGAACGUGCAAAUUUCCUCCACCAUAGGCAAAAGUGUCCUUGCACCAACAGAAACAGACUAUGAGAUGUGGCUCACUACAUUACAUAGGAGUUACUGGGAGGCCAUUCAUUCGCAUGCCUCACAAUAAUCACUUGAAAGCCGGUACAAAAAUGCCAGGUAUUAUUUUUUACCAAAAACAUUCAAACAUAAGCCCGUUUCUCUUUCAUCGAGUCUCAAUUUUCUUCCUCUCACUUGGGAAAAUUCUUUCUUCAGGAAUUCACAGCAUGGUCCCACAUAGCAUAUAAGGCACAAGCAUAUGUUUCCAUCAUAUUUGCUUGGCAUCAGCUAGACAGUGUACAUACCUGUCGUUCGCACAUCGUUUAUUGUCUAUUUAAAACCAUAAAAAGCCAAUCAUUUGUCAUUUUCCUUGUAUUUAUUUUUCUUUCUUUUCUCAAAUGUUUUCAGUAAUCACAUGUGAGCUAAAAUGACCCUUAUACAUACGUGAGUAAUAAUAAUCACAUGGUUGCCUAACAGUAAAUAGAGGUUAUGAGCAAAGAAGAAAACUUUGUAAACAAAGUUGUAAUGGGUGCCGCCAGCUGUGCUGCCAGCUUUUUAAUUCCGUGAGCCUCACAUUUUUGACUUGCUAGAUCAUCGAUCAGUUUGCAGCAUUUUUUGUCUCCAAGUAAACUGUUUUUCUAAAGACAUUUUUCACCUUGCAGGUGUCUGCUGUCCACCUUGUAUGUGUUGCAAUAGCAAAACAUGUGGCAUAUCUUGGAAAAUAGUAAAGGGUUUCAUUACUUCUGAGUUCUGAAUGUUGUAAAUCACAUAAAAGUAUUCAUGUAGGUAUUUUUCAGUAAUCUGUUUCAGGCUUUAUAUAAUUUAAAAAAAAACACUGGCAAGGAAACAGGCACUCCCUGCCUUUCAUGUGAAAACAAAUUCUCAAGAAUCAAAAUUUCUCCAGGCUUAUUUCCUGGUUGCUCUUGUUUAAUGAGUUGAUAACUCUCUGGGGUUUCUCAAGACUCCUGUUGUACUAAAACUUUGUGUAGCAAAUUGGUUUAUGUCUGGGAUGUAUUCCAUUCCUCUCACAGAUUUUGUCUUGUACAAAUUAGUAGAACCAAGAUGCUGUUUUAUAUGCCUCUUCCAGUGCACUGAAAGAAUAAACAUUUUGAUUACUUGUA